UUGGCAGCAAUAACACAGGUAACCACAACAGCAAGCUUGUCAAUAACAGUGGUGUAUGGGGCACCCAGUCAGGCAGCAACAUGGGCGGAAACACCCCCUGCAUCAAUGGGGGUUUAAACCCAAACACUUUAAAUCCAAAUGCCAACCAUGGUGCCUCGUCACAGAAUCCAAGCCCAGUCUCCCAGGACCAGCAGCCUCCACAGGCUCAGGGGAUGAGUUCCAAACUGGGUAUAGCUCCCCAACAGGGCCCUGUGCUGGGCUGGGGUGGCAUGGCAGCUCCAGACAACAGCAGUAUGAUGGAAGAUGCAGAGGUGAAUAAUGGUACAGCAAGCAGCAAGGUGUUAGGAAGCAGCAACAGUGGAAAUGGUGGCCUCCAGCCUACCAACCUUAACACUGAAUCCAAUGGACCAAAUAACACUAUUAUGAUGAAUACUACUAUUACUACUACUAACGCCACAAUGACCUCUAUUUCAUCAAACUCUACCGCCUCACCCCAGCUCAGCGGGGAUUGUUCCUGGGCCAUCAUUGGAGCAGGGAACGAGGGUCCGCUGGCCAAUGGAGUUCCCUUAUCACUCCCCCAGUGCCCUCAAGGAGAUCUGGGGGCUUCUGGGGCUUUUGGUACACCUUGGGGCGCAACUACCUACCCUGGAGACAAGGGCCCCCCAAAUGCAGACACUGUGAACCCACAAAACCCUGCCUUAAUGCAGGCUGGGAUCCCCCAGAUUCCCUCUACUGCUGCUUACAAGAGUAAUAAUAACAACCACAAUAACACUGGGGCCCCAUGCUGGGACCAGGGGUCUGCCAGUAACCCAAACCAGACUCAGAGCAACUUGGCCUGGGGUGUUGGCUCAAAUCAGAUCCCAACCUCUGCAAGCCAAACACCAGGAAAUGGGAACCAGACUAUGAUGGGCCCUCCAGCAGGGAUACCUCACCCCUGGGGAAGCAGUGCAUCAUCUUCCUCAUCUUCAUCAUCCUCUUCCUCAUCCAACAACAAGAUGUCAAAUGGAGAGUGGGGAGCAGCAGUUCCAGGUAACAGCCAUUCAGGUGCUGGAAGUCAGAAAGGAAGUUCUGCCAACAAUGGCUGGAAGAGCCUGGAGGAUGAUGCCAUGGGCAUAGGAGGUGCAGGGGGAGGAGGUGUGGGCUUGGGGGGUGUCACCGGAGGUUGGGGUCGCUCUGGAGGAAGUGAGGGAAGCAGUGAGAGUUCUGGAGGCCGAUCCAGCUCAGACAGAGACAGCAGCCAGUCAAAGGGGGGAAACCGUAGAAAAGGUUCCCAUUCUGCAUCUGUAACAUCAGGUCUGGCCCAGGCCGAUGUUGACCCGAGGCUUCUGUCCAACACUGGAUGGGGGCAGACGCCCAUACGACAGAACACUGCCUGGGAUGUCAGUUCUCCAAACAGUCAGCGCCAAGGUCCCAGAGGAGACGAAAGAAAACACAGCAGUGGAGCCUCUGGCUGGGGCACAGCAACACCAGCAGCUCCCUCCCAGGCCUCUGGAGGUUGGGGGGGUGGGCCUGGCAGUUCAGGCCCUGAUACAAGAGGUUCUGGCUGGGGAGAUCAGAGACAAACCUCUGGGUGGGACAGCAAAGUCCCAGCGAGUGGAGGAAGUGGGCAGAGUGGCUGGGAAGAGGGAUCUAGCUACAAGGGGCGCACCACCAACAGUAACACCUGGAGCAACAGCAUUAACAAAGAGGACAGGUCCAAUACCUGGACUAACAUGCCCAAACCACAGCAGAGCUGGGGUUCCAGUAGUGGAUAUGGAAGUGAAAGCUGGGGUAGUGGUGGUGAUGGUGCCAGAGGAGCAGCCAACAACCACUGGGCGGAGCCCCAAGAAAGUGCGAGUUCUGUGAGCUGGGACAGCGACAGCGACCGGUCUGGCUCUGGAUGUUGGAGCGAGCCAAGCCGAACCAACACCAGCAGCAGCAACACCUGGGUGGGGAGUGGAGGAUCAAAUACUGCAGACCAGAGCACUUCAAACCCAGGCUCCAACUGGGCUGACUCAGUCCACAAAGCCAAUCCUCAGAGUAACAGCCAAGGCUGGUGUGAACCAGUGAAGAACAACCACGGAGCCCAGAACUGGGGUGAGCCAAAUCUCAAGCCCUCCAAGGAGUGGGGGAAAGGUCCUGAAUCCAACAUGUCCAGAGGCAAUCAAAGUUCUAACAAGCCCACAGGCUGGCACGGAGGCCCCGUCACCACAGUGGGUCAGAAGGGGGAAGUGGCGACUGGGUGGGAAGAGCCUUCUCCGGAGUCCAUACGGCGGAGGAUGGAGAUCGAUGAUGGAACUGCAGCUUGGGGAGACCCUGGCAAAUAUAGUGGUCAAUCUGUCAACAUGUGGAACAGGACUGGUCAUUCAGACCAGGAGAACAUGGGCCCAUCCUCUCAGCACCAGUCCCUCCCAGCACAUGCCUUGAUACAUCCUCCUCAGCCCAUGCAGCCUCCUGUGCAGGACAAAAACUGCAGUUCUGGUUGGGGAGAGCCAUACCCCCAGAAGAAGGAGUCCUCCUCAUGGGGGGAGCCUACCACUGCUCCGCCUGUGACCGUGGACAAUGGAACGUCUGCAUGGGGAAAGCCGAUGGACAGCAGCUCCACCUGGGAUGAACCCAGCAGGGACAGCAGAGAUUCUGGGCCUGGAUGGGGCACCCAGCAUAAGACUGCUCCAGGUCCCAAGUCCAUGGAGACAUGGUGUGGUGAUGAGGUGUCCAUGGGCAACAGCUGGGACCAGGAAGAAGAAGUGGAGAUUGGCAUGUGGAGCAAUAGCCAACAGGACACCAGGUCCCAUGACCAGAACACCUGGAACUACAAGCAAAAAGGCUCAAACAAGAUUAACAAACCAGCCAGCAAACAGGAUGAGCCCUGGAUGAAGCCGUUCAUCAACCAGUUUAACAGUAUGAACUUUUCUAGAGACUGUCCUGAAGACUCCUUGAAGACAGGAGCAGGGAUGGUGCAGGACAAGCGUAUGGACAUGGGCAAUAUGGGAGACUUCAAUGGAGUAAUGGGGAAGAACCCUGGGUCUCGACACCAGCUCCAUAAGGAGUCUGUCAUGGAUCGCAGCCCUUACUAUGACAAGCUGUCUGUUUGCCCCUCUGCUUAUGAUAGCCCAGCUUCUGAUGAGGUCUCCUCCAAUCAAAGCAUGAGAUUUUCCCCUUCCCAUUCUGCUCAGCCUAUCCACUGUCUCGACUCUGGGUCGUCUCCUGCCCACUCUAGUCCUGGGUCAGCUCGGCAGAAUGUAAACCCUGUGUUGGGUGGCAGCAGCGUAGCACAGGGCCGAGGCGGCCCCCAGAUCCCCCCCCAACCCAGCCUUCGUAACCAAGUGCCUCCACCCAUCCUGCCCUCUCAGGUCCCUCCAUCCCUGUUGAAGUACCCUGGAGGUAACGGAGGUCUGAGCCCUCUGUUUGGCCCUCAGCAGGUGGCUGUGCUCAACCAACUCUCUCAGCUCAACCAGCUGUCACAGCUCAACCAGAUCAACCAGUUACAGCGUCUUCUCCUACAGCAACAGCAGCAGCAGCAGCAGCAGAAGGCUCAGAGCCAGAGAGUCAUGACUGUGGGACGACAGACUGAACAGUUGCGUCCCAUUGGUUCAUCUCCAUCAGUGAUGCAACCGCCACGGCACCUGGAUCCCUCCUUGCUGAAACAGGUUCCACCCCACAAACCGUACCUGGAUAACUACUUGUCCCACAAUACCCCUGAGAUACAGAAGGAUGCUGCCGCUCUUGGAUCCUUCAACAACUUCCCUUUAAGCUUGAACUCUAACCUGAAUGUAACCCUGGACAUGGGUGUUGGUGGUGGUAGUGGUGGUGGAGCUGUGAGCUACAAAGAGCCGCCCCAGUCCAGACUAAAGAAAAUCUGGGCUGCUGACCCUCUGGAGCAGAACAGCAAACCUGGUGCUAUGUUGUCUGGGCUGCGUCUGGAGGACUCUCCCUUCUACGACUUCUUGUCUCCUGGCCCAUCUCCCCUGAGUCCUCCUGGCCAGUCAAUGGGCUCGGUGGGUGAUGGCUGGCCACCCCGUGCCAACUCCCCCCCACCCCAUGGAAACACUGUCACCUGGCCCCCAGAGUUCCGGCCAGGGGAGCCUUGGAAAGGUUAUCCCAACAUUGACCCUGAGACUGACCCCUAUGUGACCCCUGGCAGUGUCAUCAACAACCUCUCCAUCAACACCGUCCGUGACACAGACCACCUCAGGGACAGGAACAAUGGGCCAUCCUCAUCACUGAACACCACGAUGCCUUCUAACAGUGCCUGGUCAUCCAUUCGUGCCUCCAGCCACAGUGGUUCCCUCACCAGUACAGCACAAAGCACUUCAGCCAGACCCAGUGAGUCAAAAUGGUCUCCUGGUGGCGGUUCUGUGUCCAACUCCUCCCUCGCCCAUGAGCUGUGGAAGGUCCCCCUGCCUCCCAAGACGCUGUCUGUGGCGCCCCCCUCCAGACCACCACCCGGCCUCACCAGCCAGAAGCCCAGCCCUGCCUCCUCCGGCUGGGACAGCUCUGCCCUGAGGUUGGGGGGAUGGGGCUCCUCUGAGUCCAGAUUCACACCUGGUUCCAGCUGGGGUGACAGCAGCAGCUCAGGGAGAUCCCAGUGGCUUGUUCUGAAGAAUCUCACACCUCAGAUUGACGGCUCAACCCUGAGGACCCUGUGCAUGCAGCACGGCCCGCUGAUCACAUUCCACCUCAACCUGCCGCACGGCAACGCCGUGGUAUGCUACAGCUCCAAGGACGAGGCCGCCAAGGCCCAGAAGAGCCUGCACAUGUGUGUUUUGGGGAACACUACUAUCCUGGCUGAGUUUGCCAGUGAGGAGGAAAUCAGCCGUUUCUUUGCACAAGGGCAGUCACUGGCCACUCCCUCCUCUGGCUGGCAGGCCAUCGGCUCCUCCCAGAGCAGAAUGGAUCAGUCUCACCCCUUUCCCAGCCGUGCUCCUGAACCCAACCAGUGGAACAGCAGCGACCUCCAUAGCUCCUCCCUGUGGGGCGGGCCCAACUAUUCCAGUAGCCUGUGGGGGAGCUCCAGUGGCACCGAGGUAGGGAGGAUCAGCAGCCCUUCUCCAAUCAGCUCCUUCCUCCCAGUGGAUCACCUGACAGGGGGCGGGGACUCCAUGUGAGCUGCCUGCCAAUCAAAUAGGCUGGAGGAAGGGUCAGUAGAAAAUCGUUAAUAAUCAGCAGAAGAAAAUGGAAAAAAAAAAAAAAAAGUGAAUGCAAAGGCACUAGUUGGACUCUUUCUCACUUACAAGAUAUUCAACAAAACGGGGUUUCCCCUGUGGAAGACAAGUUACGUUUCUCUCUGCACAUAUGUCCACUUUGUUUUAGCCCAAAAACAUAUCAGUCGGAAUACUUGAAUCAUGCCAGGCCAAUUCCAUAAUGUGAACGGAUGGAUAUUUGCUUCCAGGUAGUGCUCUUUCAGAUGGGA